AUGCGUUACUCAAUCGCUGGCCUUGCCUUUUUGGCUGGCUUGAGUGCUGCCGUAGAUCCUGUCGAAGUACGCGGACAGGACUUUGUCAAUUCAGCCAAUGGCAACAGAUUUGUCGUUGUUGGUGUCGAUUAUCAGCCUGGUGGACAAGGCGCUAUCUCGGCAAACAACGAUCAAGAUGUCCUCAGUGACGCUGAGGCUUGCACUCGUGAUGCAGCUCUGAUGCAAAGUCUGGGUGUCAACACAAUUCGAAGCUACAACGUCGACCCGACCCUCAACCACGAUGAGUGUAUGUCAAUAUUCAACGGUGUUGGAAUAUAUGUCAUUCUCGAUGUAAACACCCCCUUGUAUGGACAGCACAUCGACCGCAGCAACCCUGCGAGCACAUAUACUCGUGACUAUAUGAACCACGUCUUCACGGUGAUUGAGGCAUUCAAGGGCUACCCCAACCUUCUGGGCUUCUUUGGUGGCAACGAGAUCAUCAACGACUUGGAGACUGCCGACGAGAACCCUCCCUACAUGAGAGCUGUACAGCGUGACAUGAAGGAUUACAUUGCUGCCCAUGCAGACAGACCUAUUCCUGUUGGAUAUUCCGCGGCCGAUGUCAGAGAGUUCACAGAAGACACCUACCACUAUUUGUCGUGCGACAAUGGGGAUUCCAGUGCCUCCGACUUCUUCGGAUUGAACUCGUACUCCUGGUGCGGUUCAGAGUCCAGCUUUGAGACUGCCGAGUACGACGUCCUUGUCGAUAUGUUCUCCAACGCCUCCAUCCCCGUGUUCUUCUCCGAGUACGGCUGCAAUGAUCCCAGCCCCCGUGUUUUUGAUGAGGUCGAAGCGCUGUACAGCCCUCAAAUGACCGUCAUGUCUGGAGGUCUGGUCUAUGAAUGGUCACAAGAGGAAAACAACUAUGGCCUUGUCGAUAUCUACUCCAAUGGAUCUGCUCAGCUGCGUUCGGACUUCAAUGCCCUCCAGGAACAAUACAGCCGCAUCAACGUUACACUUCUCGAAGCAAGCAACGACACUGCCACUGCUAUUACCGCACCUCGCUGCUCCUCUGACUUGAUCGAGGCAGACGACUUCAGCGAUGAGUUCGACAUUCCUUCCCGCCCCAGUGGUGUCGAUGCUUUGAUAUCAUCUGGUAUCUCUGACGCACCUACCGGAGCUUUGGUUUCGGUCACUGCAACCGCAGUCGCCGCUGCCGUCUACGGUGUUGACGGUUCUUCCAUGAGCAACAUGGCAAUUACCAUCACCAGCGAGGCCAACUAUCCUGUCGGCACUGCUGCAAGCAGAACCUCGAGCAGAUCUGGCUCUGGUUCUAGCUCUCGCACAGGUUCUGGCACCGCCUCCGGAGCUUCUUCGACUGCCACAGAGAGCGGUGCAGCUCAUCGUCUUUCUGGUGCGGCUGCCCUUGCCCUCGGUGCGGCUGUCCUUGCUUUGUAA